UUUACCGAUCCCCACUUUUGAAAUUCUGCUUCACUUGAUUGGUGUAAAUUCAUAAAUUAUCCUCGUGUGGAUUAAAUGAUAAAUACGAAUGUGAAUGGUGUGCACGAUAUAAACGGAAAUGCAUAAAGUAUAAUAAAGGAACGUGAAUUGGAAAGACAUUGAAAUUUAAAAAAUGUUCAACAUUGAUUUUAUUCUGUUUAUUCGUCUAAAACAAUAGGGGAAUUUAAUUUUAUAAAAUACUGUAAGGACAUAUAUUUACAUUCCAGUAAAAUGUUACCGUUAUAUAAUCAUGGAUCGAUGCAUAAUAGAGUAUGAUCGACAUUCGCAUCAUUGAAUCUAUGAGGUAAAUAAAAAGGAUUAUCUACUAUAAUUAGUAGAAUAUAAGAUGGUCGUAAUUCUAAUAAGGCUGAUGAUGCGUGUAUAGUUUCAGUAUUUAAUAAUCAACUCUGCGGUUAACAGUUUUUCACGUUUCUGCGAGUUACAGUUAUUCUUUAAAUUAGUGUAAAUAAACGGUCGAUAAUUAAAAACAAGAUAAUAGUUAAAUAAGCUACCCCUCCUCCUCCCCCGGCGUAAUCGAAAACAAGUUUCCAUUGGCCUACACACUUAUUCGUGCAGUAGAAGCCAGUCAAGAGCCAUAUGCGGAUCUCUUUCGAGCUGACAGCAGAACAUCACGACGCUCAAGCGUUUGAUGCACGUGAUUACGAAUAAAAUGUCUUGUAACACGCAAAUAGGGUCUAGCACUGAAAUAGUGCCUAGAGAAAACAAGAAAAGCAAAAGGCUGUGCAAUCAAGCGGAAACUAAAGGUCAGAACGUGUCUGGCCUUACACACGAAUGUGGAGUUUUUGGAUGUAUCGCCGCCGGUGAUUGGCCAUCUCAAAUCGACGUUGCUCAAGUUAUUUGUUUAGGUUUGGUUGCCCUACAGCACAGGGGCCAAGAAAGUGCUGGAAUCGUCACCAGCGAAGGUGUUUGCUCAAAGUCUUUCCAUGUUCACAAGGGUAUGGGAAUGAUUAACAACAUUUUUAACGAUGAAAAUAUGAAAAAGCUCAGCGGAAAUCUUGGCAUUGGUCAUACUAGAUACAGCACAAGCGCGGCAAGCGAAGAAGUCAAUUGUCAGCCAUUUGUAGUUCACACUGCGCACGGGGCAUUAGCAGUUGCUCAUAACGGAGAACUAGUUAAUACAGAAUCGUUGAGGAAAAUGGUGUUAGGUCGUGGAGUUGGCUUAUCAACUUAUUCUGAUUCUGAAUUAAUCACUCAAGCUCUCUGUUUAAACCCUCCCGAAGGUGAAGUUAACGGUCCGGAUUGGCCAGCGCGUAUUAAACAUCUCAUGCAAUUAGCACCACUGUCGUAUUCAUUAGUAAUCAUGCAAAGAGACAAGAUAUAUGGAGUUAGAGAUCCGUAUGGGAAUCGGCCGUUGUGUCUUGGAAAAAUUGUACCAAUUGGUAAUUUGGGAAACGAAUCGGACGACGACGACGACGAAGCCGAAGGUUGGGUUAUUUCUUCGGAAUCGUGUGGAUUCUUAAGUAUCGGAGCACGAUACGUGCGCGAAGUGUUUCCUGGAGAAAUUGUAGAACUCACCCGUGAAGGCAUUAAAACUAUAGACAUUGUCGAUAGGCCAGGCAAAAAACCACAAGCUUUUUGCAUCUUCGAAUACGUUUACUUUGCACGAAGCGACAGUAUUUUUGAAGGACAAAUGGUAUACUCUGUUCGCAUGCAAUGCGGACGAGAACUUGCUUUAGAAUCUCCGAUAGAAGCGGACAUAGUCAGUUCGGUACCUGAAUCGGGAACUGCAGCUGCUCAUGGUUAUGCCAGACAGUCUGAAAUACCGUUCGCAGAAGUGUUAUGCAAAAACAGAUAUGUUGGCAGAACGUUUAUUCAACCCAGUACACGGCUUAGACAACUUGGCGUGGCAAAAAAGUUUGGCGCGUUAUCGGAAAAUGUGAAAGGAAAAAAAUUAAUUCUUAUAGACGAUUCGAUUGUUAGGGGAAAUACUAUUGGACCUAUCAUUAAAUUGCUUCGAGAUGCAGGAGCAAAGGAGGUUCACAUUAGAAUAGCUUCACCUCCAUUGAAAUAUCCUUGUUAUAUGGGAAUCAACAUUCCAACAAGGGAAGAAUUAAUUGCAAAUAAAUUAGAUAACAUAAAACUAGCAAAAUAUGUGGGAGCUGACAGUUUAACAUACCUUUCGGUAGAUGGACUUGUCAAAGCUGUAAGAUUUGGUAUGGAUAAUAGAGAAAGCAGUUAUAUCGGUCAUUGUACAGCAUGUUUAACUGGAGAUUAUCCUGAUGAGCUUCCCAGUGAUUUGAAUUGGUGAAAAAAUGAAACCAUAUUUACAUAUCUACAGACAAUAAAUUACACGUUAUUGAACUUCGUAUUAUAUAUAUAUAUAUAUAUAUAUUAUAUAUCUAUACUGUGUAUGUUUAUAUUAAUGUUAAAAUUACUUAGCAAGAAUCACUUUAAUAUAAGUUAUUAAACAGCGAUUUAAUUAAUGAUCAAUUAUCAUUGUAUAUUUCCAAAAAUAAUGCAGUAUUUCAAAAGCAAUUUAGAUAAGGUAUACAUAAUAUUAAUAAUGAAAAUGUUGUGACAAUCAGUAUGGAAAUCUGAUUAGAAAUAAAGAAAAUAAAACUAUUCAGAGAAAUCACUGAAAAGAAAAGAAAAGAAAAGAAAAGAAAAGAAAAGAAAGGA